AUGACCAUGACCCUCCACACCAAAGCGUCUGGAAUGGCCCUGCUGCAUCAAAUCCAAGGGAACGAGCUGGAGACCCUGAACCGCCCGCAGCUCAAGAUCCCCCUGGAGCGGCCCCUGGGCGAGGUGUACGUGGACGGCAGCAAGCCCGCCGUGUACAACUAUCCCGAGGGCGCCGCGUACGACUUCAACGCCGCGCCCGCCGCCUCCGCGCCGGUCUACGGCCAGUCGGGCCUCGCCUAUGGCUCCGGGUCCGAGGCGGCGGCGUUCGGCGCCAACGGCCUGGGGGGCUUCCCGCCGCUCAACAGCGUGUCUCCGAGCCCGCUGGUGCUGCUGCACCCGCCGCCGCAGCUCUCGCCCUUCCUGCACCCCCACGGCCAGCAGGUGCCCUAUUACCUGGAGAACGAGCCGAGCGGCUACGCCGUGCGCGAGGCCGGUCCUCCCGCGUUCUACAGGCCAAAUUCAGACAAUCGGCGCCAGAGUGGCAGAGAGAGAUUGGCCAGUACUGGUGAUAAGGGAAGCAUGGCCAUGGAGUCUGCCAAGGAGACCCGCUACUGUGCAGUAUGCAAUGACUAUGCCUCAGGCUACCAUUAUGGAGUAUGGUCCUGUGAGGGCUGUAAGGCCUUCUUCAAGAGAAGUAUUCAAGGUAAUAGACAUAAUGACUACAUGUGUCCAGCUACCAACCAGUGCACGAUCGAUAAGAACAGGAGGAAGAGUUGUCAGGCCUGCCGGCUCCGGAAGUGCUAUGAAGUAGGCAUGAUGAAAGGCGGAAUACGGAAAGACCGAAGAGGAGGAAGAAUGUUGAAACACAAGCGCCAGAGAGAUGAGGGGGAGGGCAGGAAUGAAGUGGGGUCUUCCGGAGAUGUGAGGGCUUCCAACCUUUGGCCAAGCCCUCUCUUGAUUAAGCAUACUAAGAAGAACAGUCCAGCCUUGUCCCUGACAGCCGAUCAGAUGGUCAGUGCCUUGUUGGAGGCUGAGCCCCCCAUAAUCUAUUCCGACUACGAUCCUUCCAGACCCUUCAGUGAGGCUUCGAUGAUGGGCUUGCUGACCAACCUUGCUGACAGGGAGCUGGUUCACAUGAUCAACUGGGCAAAGAGGGUGCCAGGCUUUGUUGAUUUGAGCCUCCACGAUCAGGUUCACCUUCUGGAAUGUGCCUGGCUAGAGAUCCUGAUGAUUGGACUUGUCUGGCGCUCCAUGGAGCAUCCAGGGAAGCUCCUAUUUGCUCCCAACUUGCUCCUGGACAGGAACCAGGGAAAAUGUGUAGAGGGGAUGGUGGAGAUCUUUGACAUGUUGCUGGCUACGUCAUCUCGAUUUCGCAUGAUGAAUCUCCAGGGAGAGGAGUUCGUGUGUCUCAAAUCCAUCAUUUUGCUUAAUUCUGGAGUGUACACAUUUCUGUCCAGCACCCUGAAGUCUCUGGAAGAGAAGGACCAUAUCCAUCGUGUCUUGGACAAGAUCACAGACACCUUGAUCCACCUGAUGGCCAAAGCGGGCCUGUCUCUGCAGCAGCAGCACCGGCGUCUGGCCCAGCUCCUCCUCAUCCUGUCCCACAUCAGGCACAUGAGUAACAAAGGCAUGGAGCACCUGUACAACAUGAAGUGCAAAAACGUAGUGCCUCUCUACGAUCUGCUGUUGGAGAUGCUGGACGCCCACCGCCUGCACGCCCCAGCCAACCGGGGGGGCGCACCCAUGGAGGAGAUGAACCAGAGCCAGCUGGCCACCACGGGCUCAACUUCAGCACAUUCCUUGCAAGCAUAUUACAUCACUGAGGAGGCAGGGGCUUUCCCCACCACAGUCUGA